UAAAAAACUAAAAUUUCCCUCCUUCUACAAGCCUUUGUUUCUUUCUUUCUUUACUUUUAUAGUGAACGGAAAAGGAUAUGCCAACGAACCUUUCCGGUGAGUUUCUCGACGGAAGUUUUGGAUGUCGACAGCAACAGAGCCACUCAUGGAAGACACCGUGCGUUCUGAUUCUGCGAUGCUCCACCAAUCUUAUUCCUUGAGGCAGUUUCCUCAAUUGUGUUGGAUUUUUGAUGAAUUGCCCAAAGCAACAAUUGUUUCGGUUUCGAAACCUGAUACCGGAGAUAUUAGUCUUAUACUCCUCUCUUAUACAAUUGAACUACAGUUUAAACAGUUCCACUGGCGUUUAGUGAAGAAAGCUUCUCAAGUUCUUAAUUUACAUUUUGCUUUGAAAAAACGUGCAAUGAUUGAGGAAUUUCACGAGAAACAAGAACAGGUUAAAGAAUGGCUUCAUAGCUUAGGAAUAGUAGAUCAUCAUGUAGCAGCUGUACAAGAUGAAGAUGAACCUGAUGAUGGUGGUUUUCCUUUGAAUCAAGAAGAAAGUGUUAGAAACAGAAAUGUCCCAUCUGUUGCUGCUUUGCCGAUUUUUCGUCCAGCAUUAGGAGGGCAGCAGGCCAUCGACAAAGCAAAGGUAGCAAUGCAGAAUUAUCUAAAUCAUUUCCUAGGAAACAUGGAUAUUGUAAAUUCUAGAGAGGUCUGCAAAUUUCUGGAGGUCUCUAAAUUGUCUUUUUCACGGGAAUAUGGUCCAAAGCUGAAAGAAGGUUAUGUGAUGGCAAAGCAUCUAUCAAACAUUUCCGACAAUGGUGAUAUAAGAUGCUGUCCUUGCAGUUUGUUUGACUGUUGUAGUGACAAUUGGGAAAAGGUGUGGGCUGUUUUAAAACCUGGGUUCUUGGCCUUGCUAGAAGAUCAUUUUGACACAAAAUUAUUAGAUAUAAUUGUGUUUGAUAUUUUACCAACCUCAACUGGGAGUAAAGGAUCUCAAGUAUAUAUAGCAAACCAGAUAAAGGAACGCAAUCCUUUACGUUAUUCUUUCAAGGUUUCUUCUGGAAGUAAGAGCAUAAAAUUACGCACUACCAGCAGUGGUAAAGUGAAAGAAUGGGUUGCUGCAAUCAAUGAUGCUGGUUUAAGGCCGCUUGAGGGUUGGUGUCAUCCUCACCGCUUUGGUUCAUUUAGUCCUCUGAGAGGUUUAACUGAUGAUGGGAGUCAAGCUCAGUGGUUUGUUGAUGGGCAAGCUGCUUUUGAAGCAAUUGCUUCUGCAAUAGAGAAUGCAAAGUCAGAGAUAUUUAUUACUGGCUGGUGGCUUUGCCCUGAGCUUUAUCUAAGACGCCCUUUCCGAAGUCAUUCUAUCUCCCGGCUUGAUUCUUUGCUAGAAGCUAAAGCUAAGCAAGGUGUUCAGAUUUAUAUUCUUCUCUACAAGGAGGUUGCUAUUGCCUUGAAAAUUAACAGUUCAUACAGUAAGAAAAGGCUUCUUAACAUUCAUGAAAAUGUGAAGGUACUGCGCUACCCCAACCAUUUUUCAACGGGCAUCUAUCUAUGGUCACACCAUGAAAAACUUGUAAUUGUUGACUACCAGAUUUGCUUUAUUGGAGGAUUAGAUUUAUGCUUCGGUCGAUAUGAUACUAUUGAACACAGAAUUGGUGAUUGUCCUCCUCAUAUAUGGGCAGGAAAGGACUAUUAUAAUCCAAGAGAAUCUGAACCAAAUUCUUGGGAGGACGCUAUGAAAGAUGAGCUUGAUCGUCAAAAAUAUCCACGCAUGCCAUGGCAUGAUGUCCAUUGUGCUCUUUGGGGUCCACCAUGCCGUGAUGUUGCCAGGCACUUUGUUCAACGUUGGAAUCAUGCUAAGAGAAGCAAAGCUCCAAAUGAGAAAACGAUACCACUAUUGAUGCCUCACCACCACAUGGUCCUUCCUCAUUACAUGGGAAGAAGUAAAGACAUGGACAUCGAAAAGAAGAAUGCAGAAGAAAACGAGAAAGACAUUGCAAGACAGGAUUGCUUUUCACUAUCCCCAUUGCAAGAUGUCCCAUUGCUUUUGCCUCAGGAAGCUGAUGCCGCUGUUCCUGCAAGUGUAGAUCAAAAGUUAACCACUGAAUACAAGACUAAAGAUACUCUUGAUCAGCCUACUGGAUUUUGUGGACGUUCUAUAUUCUCCUUUCAGAAGUCCAAAGUUGAAGGUUUAGUUCCAGAUUCACCGGUGAAGGACCUUGUGGAUGAACUUGACUUUUUGGAUCUUCAGAGUAGCUCUCAGAUAUCAGAUGAAUGGUCAGAAACAUUGGAAGAAGAUAAUCAUCAUGUUUCUGCUGGUGAACAUGGACAAGUUGGACCACGCAUUCCAUGUCAUUGUCAGGUUAUCCGAAGUGUCAGUCAAUGGUCUGCUGGAGUCGGCCAACCUGAAGAAAGCAUCCAUAAUGCCUACUGUACUCUCAUUCAAAAAGCACAACAUUUCAUCUACAUAGAGAAUCAAUUUUUCAUAUCAGGUCUUUGUGGAGAUGAGAUUAUACAAAACCGUGUUGUGGAUGCAUUAUACAAGCGUAUUUUGCAAGCAUACAAAGAACAGAAGUGUUUCCGUGUUAUCGUUGUUAUACCACUUUUACCCGGCUUCCAGGGUGGCCUUGUUGAUGGUGGGGCAGCAACUGUUAGAGCCAUAAUGCAUUGGCAGUAUCGGACCAUUUCAAGAGAAAAGACUUCAAUAUUGUAUAAACUCAGUGAAGAUCUCGGCCCUAAAACACAUGAUUACAUUUCAUUUUAUGGUUUGAGGAAAUAUGGAAGACUUUUCAAGGACGGUCCAGUGGCCACGAGUCAGGUGUAUGUGCAUAGCAAAGUUAUGAUAGUUGAUGAUCAUCUUGCGUUAAUUGGAUCAUCUAAUAUUAAUGACAGGAGUCUACUUGGAUCCAGAGACUCAGAGAUUGGGGUGGUUAUUGAAGAUAAGGAGUUUGUUGACUCAUCCAUGAAUGGAGAACCUUGGAAAGCUGGAAAAUUUACACACAGCUUGAGGUGUUCUCUGUGGUCAGAGCAUCUUGGUCUUAAUGCAGGAGAGGUCAGUAUCAAUAAAAUCAAUGAUCCUGUAGUGGAGACAACAUAUAAAGAUUUAUGGUUGACAACUGCAAAGGAUAAUACAAAGAUCUAUCAAGAUGUCUUUGCUUGUCUUCCAAAUGAUCUGAUUCAUUCAAGAGCUGCUCUGAGACAAAGCAUGAACUAUUGGAGGGAGAAACUCAGUCACACCACCAUUGACUUAGGAAUAGCUCCUGAUAAGAUUGAAUAUCACGACAGUGGAGAAAUCAAGGUGAUAAACCCAAUGGACAAGCUAAAAUCAAUAAAGGGUCAUCUGGUUUCCUUCCCAUUGGAGUUCAUGUGUCAAGAAGAUCUCAGACCAGUGUUCAACGAGAGUGAGUUUUACGCAUCGCCUCAGGUAUUUCAUUAAUAUUACUCCAUUUACAGGAUCAAUAGAGUACCACAUUUCUGUGCAGGUAAAAUAUUGUUGUAGGCAGGAAGAAAAAAUUUGAAAAUUUAGAUGUACAUACAUUCUUUUGCCUUUUAUUGAAGGCAGUGGUAUGCAUUUUGUAAAUGAAUAUAUUCAUUUGGAUCUCGCAA